GUUAUAAUGUUUGGUUUCUCUCAUGUAUUCUACCUUUUUUAAGCUUUUUAAUUUGAUUAAUUACUAUUUUAAUCUUAUAAAAUUUUAAUACUAACCUCGUUAAGAUUGUAUUUUUGCUGAAAUUUUAAUACUAAGCUCAUACUAAGCUCAUUAGUCUUAGACCAACAGGUCGACCUAUGCUAUUUUGGCUGAAGCCUUGGUUAACUAAACAAUGUAGUCAAUCCUUCAAAGAGUCCUAACUUAUUUGACCUAAAGAAACUUAGUGUCGAUCAAGGCUUUAAGUGUUGGCUAAUGACCAACCAUUUGACACUCAAAGGUUUUGAAUUGAGUUAUAGCGUUUCAUAAUUAUUAUGACUCAACAACCUGAUGAGAUUUUUGUAGAGUGUCUAAAUACUCAAAUGUACAAUUUUUGUACUGUGUCAAAAUACUUUGUACAAAUGUAUGAGUAUAAACUUCGAAUUUUAACUACAUUUUUAUUCAAAUUUUAACUACGUUCUAAGACAAGCUGAAAAACGCAUCUUUAGUUUCUGCUCUUUAAGUUAUCUACAAAUCCGAUUCCUAAUCCUAAUAGAGCAAUGAAGUAUUGGUAGCUUAACAACACGCUAGUGUUAGUUACUCUAGUUUUGAAGACGUAUUGACUCAAUAACUUAGCACUAAAUACUUUGUGAUAUUUUUUUGGGUUAGUAUAGUCUUUAUAAUUGAUAAUUUGUCACAAGAAAAAUAUAUAGAUUCGUUAAGAGAACCGAAUCCUCAACCUAUAACGAUCUCUUAUGAACUAAUCUGUGAAACGAGAUAUUCCCAAACAGACUAACAAAUUAAUUUACUAAAUAUAGUGAAGAUGAACACAUACCACUGUGUUCUUGUUGUUGCUUUGAGAGAAAUUCACGCCCAACCAAGCAAUUGCUUUGCCAAUCUGUGAUCUGCUUGAUCUUUUGCUCCUAUAAAUUCCUCCCUUUGGUUCUGCAACAGAGACAAGCAGCAACAAAAAAGUUAAUUCAUUGUUCAUUUGACAAAAAACGAACAAAAAAAAGGAAAAAAAAGAAUAAGCAGUGAAGCAACGAUCAUGAAUAAGUCCUCGGUUUCGAUCUCUGUCACUUUUGUUCUGUUCUUCCUCUUUGCCUGCUCUGUUCCUGUUUCAGGCUUCAACAUCACAAGGCUCCUCAAUCGGUUCCCUGAAUUUGGCGUUUUCAAUGGAUUUCUGACGAAAACUCGUCUCUUCGAACAGAUCAACAUUCGCCAAACUAUCACCAUUCUCGCCCUCGAUAAUGGCGUCGUUCCGAGCAUCACUGGAAACUCUCUCGACGUAAUCAAGCAGAUUUUGAGUGCUCAUGUUAUUCUCGAUUACUACGAUUCUGCCAAGUUCAGGAAGCUCUCCACCAACAAGCCUACAGUACUUACUACCAUGUUCCAGGCCACUGGCGACGCCGUACGCGAGCAAGGGUUUGUGAAAGUUGUGCUGAACAGGAGAGGUCAAAUCGAAUUCGGAUCUGCUUGGAAAGGCGCGCCUUUCACCUCUAUGUUUGUCAGAGCUGUUGCCUCACAGCCCUACAAUAUCUCUGUUAUUCAAAUCAGUUCUCCGAUUGUGGUCCCUGGCAUUGGCCGUUACAAUUUGCCUCCUCCAGCGCCUGUUGCACCGGAACCAGAUGUUGCUCCUGUUCCCGCUCCGACUCCAUUGGCUGAUACUCCUUCACCGGCGGACGAGUCUCCAGCCGAUGCCCCCUCACCAGACGCCGACUCUCCAGUUCCGACGGCGGAUGCACCUGAUGCACCGUCGAGUGCUCCUCAUCCAUCGGCUGAUGACGAAGAGGAUGCAGAUGCACCGAGUCCGGACGACGAGGAAGACCAUUCGGCAGCUUCACGUGGCCGCGUCGCCGGCGCCGGAGUGAUGGUGGCCGGAUUGAUGUCACUCUACAUGGCUUUCUAAAUUCAGAAAAUGUGAAGGAACGAAAGAGAAAAUCAGAGAGAGAGAGAGAGAUCAACAGCGGAAGAAUCGGUAGGAUUGUUUAUGCCUACAAUCAUCAAAACAUCAUAUGAAAAUGAAAAAAAAAGGAGAAAAAAUGUCCAAUAAUGU